UCGCCCGACAUCACAGGUUCUCUUGGCAGGUUUCGAAAAAUGGCAAUACUGUGACAAAAAAAUGGCAUCAUCACUUAAUCUACACUUAGAUGAAGCUCAUCUUAAAGGCAAUCCUGCGUUGCAACUCAUCUUUGAGAUUAAUAGCCAACUGGCUCUAUUCAGGGAUUUGCUUAUACACAUUGGUACCUCCAGAGAUUCGCCAGAGUUAAGAGAAAAGAUCCGCAAAUUGAGGAGGAUGUGUGUGGACGCUUGUAAACACACGGCUCAAAAUCUUCUCCCCCAAAUCCGAAGCGCAGUUGCUGAUGGCAUUCCAGCUGAUCAUCCGCACCUUAUAAUUGUAUUUUACAUGUGCCAACUUUUUCUAAGGGAGCUCGCCAAGUGUAGCCGACUUGUCCAGCUCAUUCCAAUGGAUAUGACAGGAUAUUUUGAAAAUCGAGCAGGGCCGUCUAACUUGGGGAAUGUAAUCAGUCAGAUAUUACUUUGCAAGACAAUAGCGCCCGACUUCAACCAGGAGGAGAUUUGCAGCAUUGCAAAGGACUCUCAGGAGCUGUCGAGACUUCUGAAUGAAAUGCAGGAAUAUCUUCCGACCCAAGACGUCAACUCGGAACGCCAGACUGCUUUGACAAUUGAAGAUGGAAGUACGAAAUGGAACAAAAAGUGCAGACGAAACUCUCUUUAUCGGAAUUUUGGCACAUUCUGCUGUAUCCACAGACACAACUACCUUUGAUAAGAACCAUCAAUUUUUUUAAAGCUAUUAUGUACAUUUUGUCAUAUUCUCAUUGCAAAAAAUAUCUUUCAAACCAUCAAAACACUGUAUGAUUAAUAGAAUACAAAUCAAAUUAUCUCUUAAAAGUGUUUUAUAAAAUAUCUGUAAGUCUGUAAGGCAUACUUAUAAAAUUUCUUAAUGCACAAUCGGUAAGGUAUUGUGAGCACAGCAGAACACGAUUUGUAUACAAUUAGAUUGAGAGUGAAACUUACAUCCCUGUUUAAAAGAUGUAGAGAGAAAAACUUAAUAUAGUAAGGAUGGUGGUCCAAAACCAAAAAUAUUUAACGAAUCAAAUCCUUAAUACUCACUUGACCCCUUGGAUUAAUUGACAGAAAGGCAUCAGAAAUAUUUAAAACAAAUAUUUUUAAAUAUUUGUAGUUUUCUUUUCAGUUUACAAUUUCCACCACAAUUUAAAUUCCUUUUGUAAUUAAAAAUACUGACAAUUUUGUGGAUCACCUUUCAUUUUUAGAUUGAAAUAUAAUAAUAAGAUUCUAUCCGUUAUAAAUCUGUUUAUUAUAAUAUUAAUGUACGUUAAACAACAAAAUCAUGUUUACCAAUAGAAGUUAUUAGUAAAACAGUAAAAUUUAGGUAAGCUAUGAAUUAGGAAAUUUAUCCUAAAGAGAAAUUAUUUCUGUUUUCGAUCUAAAGUAAUUCAUAAAAUUAUAUCUAAAAGAAAAAAGUGAUAUUUUUAUUAUAUUAUUUUUAAUUGUUAAUAUAAAUCGGUUUUAAGCUGGGGAUCGACUCGAUCCCAGUAUACGGGUCGUUAAAUAAAUCCGUAGGAUUUUUUUAAUGGAAAAUUUCAGGUACUUGUAAGUAAAUGUAAUCAACAAUA